CUGAAAUAAUAUUAAACAUAAGAACAUGAACAUAUUAGUCAUCACCAUCAGUCAUUCUAUCCUAAUUAUGUAAACUUUGUUUUUUUUUUAACAAUUGGCGUGUAUUUUAUAAACCUGCGGCAAGGUACCACCACGUUACCAUGGAAACCCUAUGUUGACUUGUGCGCAGGUAAAGGUGUGUUGUGUGCGCACAGGUGAGUCGGGCAUGGAAAGGUGUGGCGCUCCGGUGGAUUUGUCCUUCAAAGCCAUCAGCAACUUUGCAGAUGCUCGGUCAGAAGAACCCAGCCGCGGUCUGCGGCCUUUAAAGAGGACUCCAUCAGGGAAGUUCCAAAGCGUCUCUCUGCGCCUGAACAACAACAACAUUACAGACCUGGACCAGCUCCACCAGACCGUGGGACACUUCCUGGCUGAACCAUGGCGACUGGCCUGGGUGGACCUCUCCUUCAACCACAUCACACACAUCCACCCGGUUCUGUGCGAGCUGCCUGAACUGCAAGUGUUGUAUCUCCAUGGCAACCGCAUCUUCACCCUGUCAGGUGUGGACAAGCUGGGAGUUCUUUCCCUCCUGCACACCAUCACACUCCACGGCAACAUCAUAGAAUCCCACAAGGCCUACAGGACUCACGUGAUUUUGUCUCUGCCUGCAUUAAAGACCAUGGAUUUCAGUGCUGUGACCCCUCAGGAGAGAACCUUGGCACACAUUUGGCAGCACAGCACCAGAAAUACACUUCACUGAAGGGGGCGCUAGAGCGCAAUUCUGAGUUUUGCCAGUCCUGAUGUGUGUCAAAUGUGGUGAGUUUUGAAGCAUGUUGAGGGCGUCAAAUUACAGCUCAAAGAGGCGGCGGUAUAAUAAAGAAUAAUAAUACAACCUUAGAAAUUCAAUAGGGUCCUCUGUGCCAAAGGGACAUUCGGUCCCUAAAAUCCACAGAUUGUUUUGACUCUAUGUAAAAAAAAAAAAAAAGUAAAAUAUUUAUAUUCAUAGGUAAAUGAAUAAUUAUUUACUGUGACAAGCGGCCCUCUAAUGACUGCAGUGUGGCCCUCAUUGAAAACAUGUCUGACAGCCAUGUACUAGUAGGACUUGGGGCCAGUACACAUCCUCUACUUCCGAGUGAAGAUGCCUGGCUGCACCAUCAACACACCUGUAUUGUCGAGCUUUGUCCAUGUAUUCAUGUUGCUCCAUCAUGACUGAGUCAGCCGCCGACACGUCGAUGAUGUUCCUGCGCAACAAAGCACAUUUGAAGCGAGGUGCGCGCUCGGUCACCCGCCGGCCGCACGGAGCGCCGUCUUACUGUGCCGUCUUGGUGAGGAUGGAGGUGAGCAGGGCCUGUUCGUCCGUCCUGGCCGAGGGCACGGUGGGACUGAUCCAGUCUGUGCCAUUUGGGGGUUUGCUGACCGGGUUCGGGUGCGUGAUCAGCGGCUUGCGUUCAG